UACCGACGAAUGAAUGCUAACACAUCUGACGCUAAGAGUCGAGACGUUCGAUUUGUUGCUUCAAUGUUAGUUUAUUAGCAAAAGCCAAGCUGCUCUUAAGUUAACGAUACUGUUGGGUCUAUAAGUGUGCUACUGAUUUUUAGAAAACGGGAUUAACUAAGACAAAUUUCGAGAUAAUGCCGCAACAAGAACAGGAUACACAGCGAACCUUUCUGGGGUUUGACUUGAGCACACAAAAGCUUAAGGCCAUCCUUUUGAAUUCUGAACUGAACGUUGUUGCCACAGCUGAGGUAAAAUUCGAUAGUGACUUACCGGAGUUUCGAACCACAGGUGGUGCCAACCCAGGUCCCAAUAAAUUCGAAUACUUUGUUCAGCCGGUGAUGUGGGUUAAGGCAAUGGACAUUGUAUUGGAUCGUUUAGUGAUGCAGGAGGUAGAUUUAAGUACAGUUGUCGCUAUUAGUGGAUCUGCUCAGCAGCAUGGCUCUCUUUACUGGUCAAAACACGGAAUUGCUGCUCUACAAAAUUUAGAUGCCGAUAAAUUCUUGCAUGCGCAAAUUGACGAUUCAGCGUUUGUAGUAAACCGAACGCCCAUAUGGAUGGAUGCAUCUACACUAAAGCAAUGCUUUGAAAUGGAGACGGCGAUAGGAGGACAUACUGAAAUGGUUCAGAAGACUGGGUCCAAAUGCUAUGCGCGCUUCACGGGACCUCAAAUUCGCAAAAUUUACCAGCAACGCACCCAUGCAUAUGAAGAUGCAAGGCGUAUUUCGUUAGUCAGCAGCUUUCUGGCCUCGUUGUUUCUAGGAAAAGUGGCGGCUAUUGAUUUCGCCGAUGGCUCCGGCAUGAACUUGUUGGAUAUUCGUAGCAAAACGUGGUCAAAAACCUGUCUGAAUGCUUGUGCGCCAGAUCUGGAGGAUCGCUUGGGUGAACCAGUCAGUGGAUUUUCUAUUCUGGGUAAUGUGAGCGAUUACUUUGUGCAGCGCUUUUGCUUUCCGUCCACAUGCAAAGUUGUUGCGUGUACGGGCGAUAAUCCAUCUGCUCUGGCCGGAAUGCUUGUCGACAAAAACUGGCUGAGUAUCUCACUGGGCACUAGCGAUACGCUCAUGAUGACCUUAGAUGAACCCCCUAAUUUAGAAGAAGGACAUGUACUAUGUCAUCCAACUGAAAAUCAUGAAUAUAUGGGGCUUUUGUGUUUCAGAAAUGGCUCACUCGUUCGUGAAGCUGUAAGUAGAUCAGAGGCUGAUAACAAUUGGGAAAGGUUCAAUGAAUUGCUAGAUUCGACGCCACGAGGCAAUUUCGGCAAUAUGGCAUUACACUUUAAUGAAAUGGAAAUCAUUCCAAAGGCUAAGGGAACGCUGCGCUGGAACAAAGAUAUGCACAGCAGUUCGAACGAUGCUGCAAAAGGUGUGCUCAAAUUCAGCUCGCCUCAAAUUGAAAUUCGUGCAUUAGUCGAGGGACAAAUGUUGCAUCAUCGUGCUAUUGCAGAGGAGAUGGGUUUCCAUUUUGGCAGCCAGACUAAAAUUCUUGUUACUGGUGGUGCAUCGAUCAACAAAUCCAUACUGCAAGUAAUUGCUGAUGUUUUCAAUGCCCCCGUGUACAAACAAAAUGAAAGUGAGGCAGCCCUUUUAGGUGCCGCAUAUCGGGCAGCCUAUGCGUUCCAUCUAGACACGAAUAAUACGACGGAACCUAAAAAGGGCUACCGCGACUACAUCCUGGACCAGACUCCAAACCCUGUAAUGCUUGUUUGCGAGCCAAAUAAGGAUAGUGAGACUAUCUAUACGCCUAUGCUGCAGCGGUAUAGAGACAUGGCACAAAUCCUAGAGAGUCAAUUAACUCAGUAAGCCAAUGUACAACCUCGCGCCCCACGAUUUGGACAUCUGUCAAGUUUCUCAACUCCACAUUCCAGUCUUCAUUUUUUUAUAAACGUAUAUAAGACUAAAGUGCAAUUAACAAACAUUUUUCUGUGAUUAACCAUUUUUUAUACUG